GCCGGUUGGCCGCCCCUGCUCCGCUGUUGGCCUGCUUCCCUUCAAGCAUGCAGGCAGGCGACCCACAUCGGGGCGGGCCGCGCCAGCCCCCGGAAGUGGCCCCCACCCAUUGCAGCUGAGACGCUGGCGGCGCCGCUUGUGGUGGAGGCGGCGCGGCUCGCCUUCUGUCCUUCGGCGCGUGGGAGGGCCUUUGCCCCAGAACGUGCUUGCUUUCGUUGCCGACACAGGGGCGGCGCACUUACGUAGGGCCGGCUCCCGCGCUGAUCUGUCUUGCGCAGUUUCUUCCCGCUGGCGUGCCUUGCUUGGUCGAUAA